GCUCGUCCACCACCACUCUCCUACACGUAUGAUGCAGUCUCCUCGACAUAUUCAACGUGAUCGACUCGACGUAUGACCAGCAGUCAGCCACCUCCUAUCCCACAUCAUAACUACACUCAUUCUUUCUCCUCCCACUUGAACGGGAGAGUAAAGGUACGGCCGUCGGAUGCUCGGGGGGCACAGGGAAGCAUCGGAUAUCCCGUGUGAUCAUUCAUUUUGAUGGGUUUUCAUGAUUCGCUAGUACGGCUACCGUUCCCGAGCACCACCACGUCUAGUGUGGGCAUCCCUGAAAAAAACACUCGUUUUGUAACAUGCGGUGCUGCACUGCCAGCAGCAGUUCCUCAUGUUUUCAAGGAUACGGAUUUAACAGAAAUAUACUACUAUUAGUCUCACCUGGGAUUUCUGUUUACCCGUCAAAAGCACAAGUAGCGUAGCUGAGUCCCGCUGUGCAUCAGUUGUAAAGAAAACAUUUUUUUUUUCACUGUAUCGUUAUUUUAAACAGACGCGACGCUGAUUUUUUUCUCCCUCGACCGCUUCGUAGCCACAAGUGAAGAAAUAACGGGGUAGGGGAUGGCCAAUGUCCAUGAUGAGCGCCAGGUGGUCCGAGAUGGUGGGAUCAGUGGAGCAGGCCAGGACCAGAAUGGUAGUCUCUGGCCAGGUUCGACCCCCAGCCCAAAGGCUCUGGAUGGUUCUUCCCCCAGCGCCGGCACCAUGAGCACCAUCUCUCCCACCGACUUCGACAGCCUGGAGAUCCAGCAGCAGUACAACGACAUCAACAACCGCUGGGACCUGGCCGCCGAGACCGACUGGGACAAUGAGAACAGCUCGGCACGCCUCUUCGAGCGCUCGCGCAUCAAGGCCCUGGCAGACGAGCGUGAGGCCGUGCAGAAGAAGACCUUCACCAAGUGGGUGAACUCUCACCUGGGCCGCGUCACCUGCCGCAUCGGGGACCUGUACACGGACCUGCGCGAUGGACGCAUGCUCAUCCGCCUGCUGGAGGUCCUCUCUGGGGAGCAGCUGCCCAAGCCCACCAAGGGCCGUAUGCGUAUCCACUGCCUGGAGAACGUGGACAAGGCGCUGCAGUUCCUCAAGGAGCAGAAGGUCCACCUGGAGAACAUGGGCUCCCACGACAUCGUCGACGGCAACCACCGCCUCACCCUGGGCCUCAUCUGGACCAUCAUCCUCCGCUUCCAGAUCCAAGACAUCAGCGUGGUGACAGAGGACAACAAGGAGAAGAGGUCUGCCAAAGACGCCCUGCUGCUGUGGUGCCAGAUGAAGACGGCUGGAUACCCUAAUGUCAACGUCCACAACUUCACCACGAGCUGGAGGGAUGGCCUGGCGUUCAGUGCCAUCGUGCACAAACACAGAUCUGACCUGAUUGAGUUCGACACCCUGAAGAGGUCGAAUGCCCACCACAACCUCCAGAACGCUUUUAAUGUGGCGGAGAAGGAGCUGGGCCUCACCAAGCUGCUGGACCCAGAAGAUGUGAAUGUGGACCAGCCAGAUGAGAAGUCCAUCAUAACAUAUGUGGCUACCUACUAUCACUACUUCUCCAAGAUGAAGGCUCUGGCCGUGGAGGGAAAGAGGAUCGGCAAGGUGCUGGACUACGCCAUCGAGGCAGACCAGCUGAUCGACAAGUACGAGAGCCUGGCUUCGGAGCUGCUGCAGUGGAUCCAGCAGACCAUCCACACGCUCAACGACCGGCAGCUGGCCAACUCCCUCAACGGGGUGCAGAACCAGCUGCAGGCCUUCAACUCCUACCGCACCGUGGAGAAACCGCCCAAGUUCACAGAGAAGGGAAACCUGGAGGUUCUGCUCUUCACCAUCCAGAGCAAGAUGAGAGCCAACAACCAGAAGGUGUACAUGCCCCGCGAGGGGAAGCUCAUCUCUGACAUCAACAAGGCGUGGGAGCGUCUGGAGAAGGCGGAGCAUGAGCGUGAGCUGGCACUGAGGAACGAGCUGAUUCGCCAGGAGAAGCUGGAGAUGCUGGCGGCUCGUUUCGACCGCAAGGCCGCCAUGAGAGAGACCUGGCUCAGCGAGAACCAGAGGCUGGUGUCCCAGGACAACUUUGGCACGGACCUGGGCGCGGUGGAGGCGGCCACGCGGAAGCACGAGGCCAUCGAGACGGACAUCGGGGCGUACGGGGAGCGCGUGGCGGCGGUGGAGGCGGUGGCCCGGGAGCUGGAGGCGGAGAGCUACCACGACGUGCGGCGCGUGGCGGCCCGGCGCGACAACGUGCUGCGGCUCUGGGAGUACCUGAAGGAGCUGCUGGCGGCGCGCCGCGAGCGCCUCCACGCCCACCGGGACCUGCAGCGCCUCCUGCAGGAGAUGCGCUACAUCAUGGACUGGAUGGGAGACAUGAAGGGACGGCUGCAGUCCCAGGACAGCGGGAAGCAUCUGCAUGACGUGCUGGACCUGCUGCAGACCCACACCCUGGUGGAGGCCGACAUCUCCGCCCAGGCCGAGAGGAUCAAGGGAGUGCAGGCGGCCGCCCAGCGCUUCACCUCCCAGGACCAGCCCUACAAGCCGUGUGAGCCGGCGCUGGUGGUGGAGCGGGUGGACCUGCUGGGCCGGGCCUACGGGGAGCUGGGCCAGCUGGCGGUGGAGCGCCGCGACCGCUUGGAGGACUCGCGGCGCCUCUGGCAGUUCCUGUGGGAGCUGGGCGAGGAGGGCGCCUGGAUCCGGGAGCAGGAGCAGAUCCUGGCGGCGGCGGACUGCGGCCGGGACCUGACGUCGGCGCUGCACCUGCUCAGCAAGCACGAGGCCUUCCGGGACGAGAUGGCGGCUCGCUACGGGCCCCUGGGGACCAGCAUCGCGGCCGGAGAGGCCCUGGUGCAGGAGGGCCACGUGGGGGCCCCGGAGGUCACGGAGAGGAUCAGGGACAUCAGGGAGCAGUGGGCGCACCUGGAGGAGACCUCCGUGCUGAGGGAGCAGAGCCUGAAGGAGGCGGUGGCGCUGCAGCAGUUCCAGACGGACGCCAGCGACAUGGAGGCGUGGCUGGGGGACACCCUGCGGCAGGUGUCCAGCCAGGAGGUGGGCCACGACGAGUUCUCCACCCAGACGCUGGCCCGCAAGCAGCGCGAGGUGGAGGAGGAGAUCCAGAGCCACCGGCCCGUCAUCGACUCCCUCCAGGAGCAGGUGCUGGCGCUGCCCGAGGCCUACGCCCACGACCCCCAGGUGGACGGCCGCGUGCCCAGCAUCGAGCAGCGCUUCGCGGAGCUGGAGUCGCUGUCGGCGGCGCGGCGGCAGGCCCUGGAGGGGGCGCUGGCGCUCUACCGCAUGUUCAGCGAGUCGGGAGCCUGCCUGCAGUGGGUGGAGGAGAAGGAGCAGUGGCUCCACAGUAUGGCCAUCCCCACCAAGCUGGAGGACCUGGAGGUGGUGCAGCAGAGGUUUGAGACGCUGGAGCCAGAGAUGAACAACCUGGGUCUGCGGGUGACCGACGUGAACCAGGUGAACCAGCAGCUGCUGGGCUCUGAGAACCGGGACAAGGAGCAGAUCAACAGGACCCAAGAACAGCUCAACGACAGGUGGAAGGAGUUCCAGCAGCUGGCGGACCAGAAGAAGCUGGCGCUGGAGUCGGCCCUCAACAUCCAGAACUACCACCUGGAGUGCAACGAGAUCCAGAGCUGGAUGAAGGAGAAGACCAAGGUGAUCGAGUCCACCCAGAGCCUGGGCAACGACCUGGCCGGGGUGAUGGCCCUGCAACGCAAGCUCACCGGCAUGGAGCGAGACCUGGAGGCCAUUCAGGGCAAGCUGAACGACCUGCGGACGGAGGCGGAGAAGCUGGCGGAGGAGCACCCGGACCAGGCGGAGGAGAUCCAGGCGCGCCGGGCGGGCAUCCAGGAGGUGUGGGAGGAGCUGAACGCCACCAUGAAGCUGCGCGAGGAGUCCCUGGGCGAGGCCAGCAAGCUGCAGGGCUUCCUGCGCGACCUGGACGACUUCCAGUCCUGGCUGUCGCGCACGCAGACGGCGGUGGCCUCGGAGGACAUCCCCACCUCGCUGGUCGAGUCGGAGAGCCUGCUGGCGCAGCACGAGAGCAUCAAGAACGAGGUGGACAACUACAAGGAGGACUACGAGAAGAUGCGCGACGUGGGCGAGGAGGUGACCCGCGGACAGACGGACGCCCAGUACAUGUUCCUGGCCCAGAGGCUGCAGGCGCUGGACACGGGCUGGCACGAGCUGAGGCGCAUGUGGGAGAACCGCCAGAGCCUCCUGGCCCAGGCCUUCGACUUCCAGACGUUCCUGAGGGACGCCAAGCAGGCCGAGGCCUUCCUCAACAGCCAGGAGUACGUGCUGUCCCACACGGAGAUGCCCAGCAGCCUGCAGGGGGCGGAGGACGCCAUCAAGAAGCACGAGGACUUCCUGACCACCAUGGAGGCCAGCGAGGAGAAGAUCAGCGGCGUGGUGGAGUCGGGCCACCGCCUCAUCACCGACGGCAACGCCACCGCCGACAAGAUCCAGGAGAAGGCCGACUCCAUCCAGGAGAGACAACAGAAGAACAAGCAGGCGGCCAACGAGCUGCUGGCUAAGCUGAAGGACAACCGAGAACUCCAGCACUUCCUGCAAGACGGACAAGAGCUGAAGCUGUGGAUCAACGAGAAGAUGCUGACGGCCCAGGACAUGUCGUACGACGAGGCCCGCAACCUGCACAGCAAGUGGCAGAAGCACCAGGCCUUCAUGGCCGAGCUGGCCUCCAACAAGGACUGGCUGGACAAGAUCGACAAGGAGGGCCAGGCGCUGGUGGAGGAGAAGCCGGAGCUGCAGCCGGUGGUGCAGCAGACCCUGGUGGACCUGCAGGGUCAGUGGGAGGAGCUGGAGGCCACCACAAAGACCAAGGCCCAGUGCCUGUUUGACGCCAACCGCGCCGAGCUCUUCACCCAGAGCUGCUCGGCGCUGGACGGCUGGCUGAAGAACCUGGAGGGCAAGCUGCAGAGCGACGACUACGGCAAGGACCUGACCAGCGUCAACAUCCUGCUGAAGAAGCACCAGAUGCUGGAGCACCAGAUGGACGUGCGGGAGAAGGAGGUGCAGGCGCUGCAGUCCCAGGCCCAGGCCCUGACCCAGGAGGACGCCGGGCUGGCCGAGGUGGACGGCCAGCAGAGGCAGCUCACCGACAGCUACUCCCAGCUGCAGGCGCCCCUGCAGGCCCGGAGGCAGCAGCUGCUGGCCUCCAAGGAGGCGCACCAGUUCAACCGGGACCUGGAGGACGAGAUUCUGUGGAUGAAGGAGAGGAUGCCCCUGGCCACCUCUACGGACCACGGGAAAGACCUGCCCACCGUGCAGCUGCUGAUCAAGAAGAACCAGACGCUGCAGAAGGAGAUCCAGGGCCACCAGCCGCGCAUCGACGACAUCCAGCGGCGCAGCCAGGCCCAGAGCCAGGUGGACGGGGCGCGGCAGGCCGCCCUGGAGGGCCGCCUGGGGGAGAUGAGGGAGCUGUGGGCGCAGCUCAUCGCCGAGACGGACCGGCGCCACGACCGCCUGGCCGAGGCCAACCGCGCCCAGCAGUUCUACGCCGACGCCGCCGAGGCCGAGGCCUGGAUGGGCGAGCAGGAGCUGCACAUGAUGUCGGAGGAGAAGGCCAAGGACGAGCAGAGUGCCCUGGUGAUGGUGAAGAAGCACCAGACCCUGGAGCAGGCCCUGGAGGACUACGCCCAGACCAUCCACCAGCUGGCCAACAGCAGCCGCCUCAUGGUCACCAGCGAGCACCCCGAAAGCGAGAGGAUCACGCUACGGCAGGCCCAGGUGGACAAGCUGUACGCGGGCCUGAAGGACCUGGCGGAGGAGCGGCAGGGCCGCCUGCGGGACCGGCUGCGGCUCACCCAGCUGAAGAGGGAGGUGGACGACCUGGAGCAGUGGGUCGCCGAGAGGGAGGUGGUGGCCGGCUCCCACGAGCUGGGCCAGGACUACGAGCACGUCACCAUGCUGAGGGACAAGUUCCGGGAGUUUGCCCGGGACACCAGCACCAUCGGCCAGGAGCGCGUGGACAGCGUCAACGGCCAGGCGGACGAGCUGAUCGAGUCGGGCCACCCGGAGAACGCCAGCGUGGCCGAGUGGAAGGACGGCAUGAACGAGGCCUGGGCCGACCUGCUGGAGCUCAUCGACACGCGCACCCAGAUGCUGGCCGCCUCCUAUGAGCUGCACCGCUUCCACCAGGACGCCGGCGAGGUGCUGGGCCGCAUGCAGGAGAAGAGGCAGGCACUGCCCGCCGAGCUGGGCCGCGACCUCAACACGGUGCAGCACCUGCACCGCCAGCACACGGCGCUGGAGAACGACAUCCAGGCGCUCAGCGGACAGGUGAACCAGGUGCAGGACGACGCGGCGCGGCUCCAGAAGGCGUACGCCGGGGAGAAGGCGGAGGACAUCCAGAAGAGCGAGCACGCCGUCACGGCCGCCUGGGAGGGGCUGCAGGAGGCGGGCCAGGCGCGCCGGCUCCUCCUGCUGGACACGGUGGAGAAGUUCAGGUUCUUCAACAUGGUGCGCGACCUCAUGCUCUGGAUGGACGGGGUCCACCUGCAGAUGGACGCCCACGACAGCCCCAGAGACGUGUCGUCGGCAGGGCUGGUCAUCCUCAACCACCAGGACAUCAAGUCAGAGAUUGAGACCCGGGCGGAGAACUUCACCGCCUGCAACGAGAUGGGCCACACCCUCAUCAACAACAACCACUACGCCUCCGACGAGAUCCGAGAAAAGCUGUCUCAGCUGCAGGAGAAGAGGGAGAUGAUCAACAAGAAGUGGCAGGACAAGAUGGACCACCUGCAGAUCGUGCUGGAGGUGCUGCAGUUCGGCCGGGACGCGUGCGUGGCCGAGUCGUGGCUGGCGGGCCAGGAGCCGCUGGUGCGCGCCGCUGAGCUGGGCGCCAACGUGGACGAGGUGGAGAGCCUCAUCAAACGCCACGAGGAGUUUGAGAAGCUGGCCGCGGGCUGGGACGACCGCUUCGUCCUGCUGGAGAAACUCACCACGCUGGAGGAGCAGGACCGCCAGAAGAGGCUGGAGGAGGAGGAGCGAGCGAGGAGGCCGCCCACGCCCGCCCCCACGGAGGAGGCCGCCCAAUCAGAGGCUGAGAGCCAGCUCCACGAAUCAGCAGCCAGGACCAGCCUAGACCAGACCACUCUGAACCAGUCUAUUUCGGUUAACGGAGUACACAGCGACAAUGACACUUCACAGGGAUCCGAGACGGACUCGAUCAACGGCCCGGGACGGGACAGCGGGCUGGCGUCGUCCCGCCUCGACCCGUCCGCCACGCUGCCCAGCAGGGGGGCCGCCGGGUCGGAGCCGGAGGCCCAGGAGGGCAUCCUCUGUCGCAAGCACGAGAUGGAGACGCACAGCAAGAAGGCCGCCAACAGGUCGUGGCAGAACGUGUACUGUGUGCUGAGGAAGGGGAGCCUGGGCUUCUAUAAGGACAACAAGAGCGCCAGCAACGGCAUCCCCUACCACGGGGAGGUGCCCAUCAGCCUGGGGGAGGCAGUGUGUGAGGUGGCCAACGACUACAAGAAGAGGAAACACGUCUUCAAGCUACGGCUUGGAGACGGAAAGGAGUUCCUGUUCCAGGCUAAGGAUGAGGCGGAGAUGAGUGCCUGGAUCAGCAGCAUCCACAGCACCAUCCCCGCCGUGGGCCCCGGGGACUCUCCCGUGGGGCCCCGGAACAUCGGCCGAGCCAUGACCAUGCCCCCCAUCUCGCCCAGCGCCGGAGGGGGGGGGGCCGCCGCCGCCGCCGCCGCCGCCGCCACCGUCACCAUGCGCAACAAAGACGGCAAGGAGAAGGACCGCGAGAAGAGGUUCAGCUUCUUCGGCAAGAAGAAAUAGAAAAUGAUUGGGGAAAGAUUCUGAGAAGACAUCGAAGAUUCAGAAGAUUGAGGAUGGAGGUGGAAAAAAAAAACAUUGAUGGAUAUACAAUGAUUGUCAACUUUUCAGCCGAGCUUAUUCAAGGGCGGAAAGGAAAGCACCCUCAUCUUACACACACACACACACACACUCACACUCACACUCACACUCACACACACACACACCGUUCCCCCAGUGCUGUUCCAGAGGAGAAGAUGGAGGACAGUGUUGUGUCUUACAUGGACCCUUCUUUCUUUCUUUGUUGUUCCGUUUCAUCAUUCCUGCUUUUAGCAUUUGAUCCCACAUUCUCCCGCAGCCAACAGACCAGUCAGUUCGUUGGCUAUCCGCAACAUGUUAGCGCCGGUUAUACACAAAAGGUUGUGUCGUGAUUGAGAUGUUAGUUCCAUUUCCGUUUCCAAGGUGAUUCCAAGUCGAAUUCCGCUUCCAGGACCGGACAAUGAUUGUUUUAGUUUCUUCCUGGAUCCUAGUUUUAGUUCCUUCUGAUGCUGUGUCACUAACAUCACAACAUGGACGGCUGAAGUGCGGACGCGUUCAAGUCUUCUCCCGUUUCUCUCUUUCUCUCCCCUCCAUCUCUCUGGACGGACAUCUUCUGCUCUCUCUCUCUCUCCAUCUCUCUGGAAGGAUAUCUCACUCUCCCCCUCUCUCUCGGGAAGGAAUUCUCGCUGUCACGGGAAGGACAUUACUUUGUUUCUCUUUUGCUUUUGGUGUUGAUGUUAUUAACAUGACCAAAUAUAUUGCUAUUAUUGUUAUUGUUAUUAUUAUUUAUCUUCUGGCAAUGCAGGUUGGAGCAAGAGAAGCUGUUAACUAUGAGAGUAAUGGGUGACCUUGAUUAAUGUUGUGAAAAAUAAUAAUUUGGUUUAACUAGUGGAGAAUGUUGGGCUUGCUUCUGUAUUCUUGUUUUUUUAUUUUUUAGGAAUGACAGUUGAUUGAGGUGUUUUUUUUU